AUGGUGUCCUGGAUCCUUAGCCGGGUGAUUGAGCUGCUCUUCGGGAUGCUCUACCCGGCCUACGCCUCCUACAAGGCUGUGAAGACGAAAAACAUCCGGGAAUACGUGCGAUGGAUGAUGUACUGGAUUGUCUUUGCUCUUUUCAUGGCCACAGAGACCUUCACCGACCUCCUCAUCUCCUGGUUCCCCUUCUACUACGAGGUGAAGAUGGCAUUUGUCAUCUGGCUGCUGUCCCCGUACACGCGGGGUGCCAGCCUGCUCUACCGCCGCUUCGUGCACCCCAUGCUGGCCCGCAAGGAGAAGGACAUCGACGCGUUCCUGGUCCGGGCCCGCGAGCGCGGCUACGAGACCAUGCUGCGCUUCGGCAAGAGGGGCCUCAACCUGGCGGCCACCGCCGCCGUCCAGGCGGCCACCAAGGGCCAGGGCGCGCUGGCCGGGCGGCUCCGCAGUUUCAGCAUGCAGGACCUGCGCUCGCUGCCCGAGCAGGCUCCCGUGCACUUCCAGGACCCGCUGUACCUGGAGGAGCAGGAGAGCCUCCGGCAGCCUCUGGGCUACGGCGCCGGCCGCCGCUACGAGAGCGAUUCGGAUGAUGAGGAGAUGUGGUCGGACUCGCAGGUGUCCCCACCACGGUCCCCACGCCGGGAUCCCAAAUCCCUGUCCCGCAGCCAGAGCUUGAGAUCCCUGAGGAAGAACCCUGGAAAAGAGGGCUCUUCCCGGCUCCUGCGCAGCCGGACCAGGAGGAAAAUGGCUCUGACGGAGCAGGACAGCUAAAAAAUCCUUGGAAACCUCUGCCAGGAGGCUGGAGAGGAAUUUGCUGCUGUGGCGUCAGGAGGGAGCAGUGACUCCUGCGUUCCCGGGGUGGCUCCUGCACCCCUGGGGAUCCUCACACUGUAAAUCCCUUCUAUGACCCAUGUGGUGCCUCGAGGAGGGGGGAGCAGCUCAUCCUCCCCUCCCAGACCUCCCCAGCUCGGUGCUGGCACCUCUGGUGUGAGGUCUGUCCCCUCCUUUUCCCCCAUCCUGUGAACACUACACGUUCCCCCUCCUCUCCUGCUGCCAUGGUGCCUUAUUCCCAACAUUCCCGUUCCCCUGGGAGCCAGGAGUGGACAAAGAGCCUCGUCCCUCUGAAGCCAAAGCCAUGGCCCCUGCCCAGGGCCGUCCCAGACACAGACUGACACCCCCAUACUUGAACUCGGAGU